AGCGGGAGAGGGACGGACCGGGAGGAACCAUCACCACCGCGGCGGGGGGGUGGGGAGGAAAGAACCACGUCGGCGGCGCCGGGCGCGAGAGGCUCCGCCAUGGCCGCCCCCGACGAACUCCGCUUUCAGGAGUUCGAGGAGGCGGCGGAGCUGCUGUCGGUGACCCCCCGAUGCCGCGACCCCCGCGCCGGCGAGGAGCGGCCCAGCCACGCUGCCGUGACCGUGGGCCCCGAGGAGGGCGAGCCGGGGGACGACACCGACACGACGGAGCUCCUGGGUGGGCAGAGGCGGCCGCGCAGCUUCUGGACCUUCGAGUACUACCAGGCCUUCUUCGACGUCGACACCCACCAGGUGCUGGAGAGGAUCAAGGGCUCGGUGACGCCGCUGCCGGGGAAGAAUUUUGUGCGUCACCGCCUGCGCAACAACCCCGACCUGUACGGGCCCUUCUGGAUCUGCGCCACGCUGGUGUUCGCCCUGGCCGUCAGCGGGAACCUCUCCCACCUGACGGAGAAGCGAGCGUCCCCCACCUACCACUACAGCCCCCAGUUCCACAACGUCACCAUCGCCGCCACCCUCAUCUACUGCUACGCCUGGCUGGUGCCGCUGGCGCUGUGGGGGUUCCUGCGGUGGCGGCAGAGCCACGGGGCCGGCGCCUACAGCUUCUUGGAGACCGUCUGCGUCUACGGCUACUCCCUCUCCGCCUACGUCCCCACCGCGGUCCUGUGGCUGAUCCCGGCCGCCUGGCUGCAGUGGCUGCUGCUGGCCGUGGCCGCGCUGCUCUCGGCGUCGGUGCUGGCCCUCACCUUCUGGCCGCUGGUCCGUGCCGACGGCCGGGCAACCGCGCUGGCCGUGGUGGCCGCCGUCGUCUCCCUGCACACCCUCCUCGCCGUCGGCUGUCAGCUCUACUUUUUCCAGCAGCCGCCGAGCGCCAGCCCGGCCCCUUCACCGCUGCACACCACGGUGGGGGCCGAGGGGCUCCGCAGCCACGCGCCGCAGCUCCCCGGCACCAACGUCUCCCUGCCGGGCACCCACCCUGCGCGGUGAGGGGGGGUGUCCCCGGAUCGAGGGGGAGCCCCCGGCCGCGGCACCGAGCCCCUCGGAAGGACGCGGGCACCGCUCGGUGCCUCUGCUCGGCCCCGCGGCAGACGGGGGGUCCCCGGCUCCCCUGUGCCGGGGCAGCGCCGGCUCCGGCUCCUCUCAGCCGCCAGCUCGUCUCUAUGCAAACUGACCCAAAUAAACCUGGGGGCAUGUCCCCCCCUGCA